GUGACUACGCCAGUUCCGUUUAACGCUGAGUGUGUGAGCAGAAGGAGCCGCUGGUUUCCGCUCCGCUGAUGGUGAAUCGCUGCUCCUGCGGUAUCAGGAGGAGGUUUAGAGCCCGCAGUGGACGCGCAGCGGUACUUCGGGAUUCAGCUUUAACGUUUUCUCGUCGAGUCGCGUCCACGGAGGAGCUACUGAAGAGGGAGGGAAGGCAGGAAGGGAAGAUAGCAGGAAGAUGGCGGCGGCGGCGGCCUCGCCAGGCUCGCCGGACUGGGUCGUGCUGAGGGACGGCUGUCUGCGCUGCGAUGAGGAGGGCCUGCGGAGUCUGUCCUACCACCCGGCCCUCAACGCCAUCCUGGCCGUCACCAGCCGGGGCAGCAUCAAAGUCAUCGACGGCACCUCCGGGGCUAUUUUACAGGCCUCGGCUCUGCACGCUAAACCUGGGGGCCGGGUGAGGUGUCAGUACUUCCCAGCCGUGGAUAAAGUGCUGUUUGUGGACGAUUACGCCGUCGGCUGUAGGAAGGACUUGAAUGGGAUCCUUCUUUUGGACACGGCUCUCCAGGCCCCUGUGUCCAAGCCAGAAGACAUGGUGCAGCUGGAGCUGCCCGUUACCGAGGCCCAGCAGAUGUUGUAUGCUUGUAUGGAGAAGGUGGAUGUUUCCAACACGGAGGGUUACGAUCUCUUUCUCACCCAGCUCAAAGAAGGCCUGGAGAAUACCUCACAUGAGACGGCGGCCAAUCACAAAGUGGCAAAGUGGGCGACCGUGACCUUCCAUCUCCCUCAUCACGUGCUGAAGGUGGUAACGAGUGCCAUCGUGAACGAGUUGAAAAAGUUGAAUCAGAAUGUCGCAGCACUGUCGGUCGCCUCUUCGGUCAUGGACAGACUCUCCUACCUCUUACCGAGCGGCAGGCCAGAGCUGGGUGUCGGACCCGGGCGCUCUGUAGACAGGUCUUUGAUGUACAGUGAAGCUAACAGGAGAGAGACGUUCACAUCCUGGCCUCAUACUGGCUACAGGUGGGCUCAGCCUGAUCCCAUGGCCCAGGCAGGCUUUUAUCACCAGCCUGCAUCCACAGGUGAUGACCGGGCCAUGUGCUUCACCUGCAGUGUGUGUUUAGUGUGCUGGGAACCUACAGAUGAGCCCUGGUCCGAGCAUGAGCGCCAUUCGCCCAACUGUCCAUUUGUGAAAGGGGAGCACACCCAAAACGUUCCGCUAUCCGUCACUUUGGCCACCAGCCCAGCUCAGUUUCCCAGUGCAGAUGGUUCGGAUAAAAUCGUGUGCUAUGGGUUCGGAAGCUGCCCACAUUUCCUUGCUACGGCAACCAAAAGGGGGAAGAUUUGCAUCUGGGAUGUUUCAAAGCUUAUGAAGGUGCAUUUAAAGUUUGAGGUGAACCCAUAUGACCCAGCCAUCCUGAGGCAGCUGAUCCUGUCCGGCAGCGAGCAGCAGAGUCUCACGGGCACAGAAUCACGAAGGCCCACACUCUCCUGGCUAGAAGAGGCCACCUGCUGCUCUGACUUACCCAAACUAGAGGGAGACAGUGAUGAUCAGAUAGAGGACUCGGACAGCGAAGAGCAUUCCAGAUCAGAGUCGGUCACAGGCCCACUGGGUCAGAAAGAGACAAUGGAGGUGAGUUUGGGAGUCACAGCUCUCAGUGUCCUACAGCAGCCUGAGAAGUUGCAGUGGGAGGUGGUGGCCAGUGUGCUGGAGGACACAGUUAAAGACCUGGAGGAGCUGGGGGCCAACACUCUGCACUCACUGGGCCCCCCAAAAUCCGACAAGGCUAAGGAGAGGCUGGCCGAGCACCACAACAUUCCUUUCCCCUGCCUGCUGGCCGGAGGACUGCUAAGCUACCGGUCAGCAGCUAGUUCUCCACUAGGUCCACCUCCGUCUCGGCGCUCCAUGGAUAGCCCAGUAAGGACUGCUGCCUCUGCGGGGCUUGCACCGGACCAGGGUCCCAUGGAGAUCGAGUCCUGUAAUCCCCCCACAGACCUGGGCUCCCCGAACCUACCACCAGCCGCCCCUGUGCAAAGGACUAUGCCUGUACUACUCCUGUACAGCAUCAAGGAAGCAGAUGAGAAGUCUUCAGGGAAGGUGUUCACCCAGAUGAACAACCUGAUGAGCAAAGGGCUUCACGAGGAGGGCUUUACUGUCCCGCAGAUUAUCGAGAUGGAGUUUGACUCUCACGAGCAGCUGUUGCUGCAGGACCCUCCCAUCACGUACAUCCAGCAGUUUGCGGAUGCGGCGGCUGGGCUCGGACCUUUGGAUGGGGAAAAGUGGAGCUCUCUGGCUCCACGGCCGGGUUCUCUGGUGCAGUGCUUGCGGUUGCCAAAAGCAUUGGAGGAAGAGAACCUGUACGUUGAUUCCAUCACGCCCUGCAGUGAUGGAUUACACUUGUUAGUCGGUCUUCAGCCGUGCUCCGUAGAGUCCCUUAGCGCUAUCAAUCAGGUGGAGGUGUUAAACACCCUCAACCGUCUGCACUCGGCUCUCUGUGGCCAUCGCAAAGGACAGACACUGGCCAAUGGCCAUGACGCCCACUCGGGCACCUCUCCUCCACAGACCCCUCUCAUCCUGCCCCCCCAUACUUCCAGACCUCUAGGGGGCAGUGGUGGCGGCGGCGGAUACCUUGCGCUCUACAAGUUGAAUUACACCACCCGUAUCGUGACCCUGGAGGAGGAACCAGUGAAGGUCCAGCAGAUUCGUGACCCACGGGAUGCCGUCACAUCUCUCCUCCUCCUGCCGCCAGAUGUGCUAGAUGGCAGAGAAGAUGACGGAGAGGAAACUUCAGAGGAGUCUACACCUUCAGGGCUCAAAAAUGGCAUGGGGAUGGUUGCGUCCGCAGUGACAGCGGGCCCAAGCAUAGGAACUGCCGUUGGGAAGGAAAAGAGAGGAGAGGUGGCUGGACUUGGACACCUGGUGGUGACUACGCAGGCAGGUUACAUCAUGAUUCUAGACUUGUCCACCCUUGAGGUGAUGGCCAAGGUGGAGCCACCCAAGAAAGAGGGAACAGAAGAGGUGGACCCCUUCGUCUCUGUUACCUACUGCUCAGGCACCGACCGGCUAUGUGCCUGCACAAAAGGUGGAGAGCUUCAUUUCCUUCAAAUUGGAGGUGUGUGUGAUGAUAUCGAUGACGCCGACAUUUUUGUCGACGGCCCCCUGUCUAAUAGGGCAGAGCAACUACUGGACGGAGCAAAACCCACAUCAAAUCCUUCGAGCCCAGGUAUCACAGGAGUUGACCUCCUGGUGGACCAGCCAUUGAACGUAGAGACACUUUCUUCUCUGGUGGAACUAACACGUUUUGAAACGCUGACGCCACGCUUCUCCGCAACAGUGCCCCCUUGCUGGGUGGAGGUGCAGCAGGAACAGCAACAAAGGCGGCAUCCACAACACCUCCACCAGCAGCACCACGGCGACGCCGCGCAACACACACGCACUUGGAAGCUACAGAGCGACAGCUCCAGCUGGGAUGAGCACGUGUUCGAGCUGGUCUUACCCAAAGCCUGCAUGGUUGGACAUGUGGACUUCAAGUUUGUGCUAAACAGCAGUAUUACUAACAUCCCACAAAUCCAGGUCACACUGCUGAAGAACAAAGCACCAGGCCUGUGCAAAGUGAAUGAGACAGCAGUGGACAGGCAGCUUGUUUUCCCAUUGUCUCAUGUCUUGCACUCAAAUGGAGAGAAGAACGGACAGCCACAUCUGCUUGAUUUCUCAGAGGACAUCCAGUUUAUGGACAUCGAGGAGUCGCCAGGCUCCAGGCUCUGUCCGUUCCUGCAUGAGCACAAAGAUGAUAUCUUGUGUGGGCCGGUGUGGUUGUCCAGUGGACUGGAUCUGUCUGGACACGCAGGGAUGCUGAGCCUUACAAGUCCCAAACUCCUCAAAGGCAUGGCAGGGGGAAAGUAUCGUUCGUUCUUGGCGCACAUUAAGGCAGUGAAUGAUAAGGGUCUGGAUGAGAGCUUGAGGCCAGUGGUGCGGAUGCCCUCAGCCAAACCUCACAGUAGUAAAGCUCACUCGCUCUCAUCCCUGCUGCAGAGGGCUCAGGCCACCAAGGAAAAGGCCUCCACAUCUAAAGCAGAUCCUCAGUCUGCCCCUAAAAAGCCUGAUAACCUGCGGGGCUGUGACUUGCUCCAGGAAGUGUCUGUCACAAUUAGGAGAUUUAAGAAAACGUCUGUACCCAAAGAACGAGUGCAACGCUGUGCAAUGCUUCAGUUUCCUGAGCUCCAUGAAAAGCUGCUAAGAGGUUUGUGUAAGCAUGGAGAAGACGGACAGAGUUCAGAACACUGUCAGAGUCUCAUUUUAGACAUCCUCUGCUGGCUGGCAGGGGUUUACUCCAACGGACCCUGCAGUUUGAGAGAGGGGAAGGAGGGGCUUUUGACUAAAACUAGGAGACGGCUGACAGAAAUCAUCAGGGCAUGUUUCUUUGAGGCUGGACGCAGUAUAGCUCAUAAAUGCUCUCGCUUUCUUGCACUUUGUAUUAGUACCGGUAAAGGAGACCCUGGUCAGCAGGGUUUUGGCCAGGCUCUAUUUAAAGCUCUUCUGGAUAAUAUGCCUUAUUUGCCUGCUGCUGCCACAGGAGGAUCUGUCUUCUGGUACUUUGUCCUGUUAAAUUAUGUGAAAGAUGAGGACCUGGCCAGCUGCAGUACCGCUUGCGCCUCUCUGCUCACUGCUGUCUCUCGGCAGCUGCAGGACCGCCUGACUCCACUUGAGGCGCUGUUGCAGACCAGAUAUGGUCUGUAUGGGUCUCCAUUUGACCCAGUACUGUUUGACCUGGAGGUGAGCGGGUCUUCCUGUAAGAAUGCCUUUAGCAGCAGCAUUGGGGUCCAGUCGGAUGAGAUCGACUUGUCCGAUAUUCUCUCAGGUAAUGGAAAGGUGAACAGCAGUGGGGCGGCAGAGGGCAGUUUUACUGCUCUGACCGGCCUGCUGGAGGUUGAACCCCUGCACUUUACUUGCGUCUCCACCAGUGAUGGCACCAGGGUGGAGAGGGAUGAUGCAAUGAGCACCUUUGGCGUGACGCCCACAGUGACAGGGCUGUCUGCUGGGACCGUCGGCGAGGCGUCCACGGCCCUUAGCUCAGCUGCACAGGUGGCCCUUCAGUCCCUGUCUCAUGCAAUGGUGUCUGCCGAACAGCAGCUUCAAGUUCUUCAGGAGAAGCAGCAACAGCUUCUAAAACUCCAGCAGCAGAAGGCGAAGCUGGAGGCCAAACUUCACCAGACCACCUCAGCAGCCACUGCAGCAUCAGGCGUUGUCAACUCGGUACCAUCCAACCCGUCCUCCGCCCCAGGCUUCUUCAUUCACCCCUCUGACGUCAUCCCGCCCACUCCUAAAACUACACCGCUGUUCAUGACGCCUCCUCUCACCCCACCGAAUGAGGCAGUGUCUGCGGCUAUUAGUGUGGAACUGGCUCAGCUCUUCCCGGGAUCCGUCAUUGAGCCUCCACCUGUGAACCUUUCAGCACAGAAUAAAAACACACAGAAAGCCAAACCAAACCCCAUAGGAAGUGGACUGGCAUUGGCAAUCUCACAAGCCUCUCACUUUCUACAGCCUCCACCAAAUCAGUCCAUAAUAAUCGAACGAAUGCAUUCAGGUGCAAGGCGGUUUGUGACUCUAGAUUUCGGCCGGCCGGUGUUGCUGACAGAUGCACUGAUCCCCACAUGCGCUGACUUGGCCUCCCUUUCCAUCGACAUUUGGACUCUCGGGGAGGAGGUGGAUGGAAGGCGGCUCGUGGUGGCCACAGAUAUCAGCACACACUCACUGAUUCUACACGACUUGUUGCCUCCUCCCGUCUGCAGAUUCAUGAAGAUCACUGUGAUUGGUCGAUACGGCAGCACUAAUGCCCGGGCUAAAAUCCCAUUGGGUUUCUAUUACGGCCACACCUAUAUCCUGCCAUGGGAAAGUGAACUGAAGCUGAUGCAUGACCCUCUGAGGGGAGAGAGCGAAGCUGCCAGUCAGCCAGAUCUGGAUCAACAUUUGUCAAUGAUGGUGGCCCUGCAGGAAGACAUUCAGUGCAGGUAUAAUCUGGCCUGUCAUCGACUUGAGACGCUACUUCAGAACAUCGACCUGCCACCUCUUAACAGCGCUAAUAAUGCACAGUACUUCCUGCGCAAGCCCGAUAAAGCAGUUGAAGAGGAUUCCCGUGUUUUCUCUGCCUACCAAGACUGCAUUCAGCUCCAACUGCAGCUCAACCUGGCUCACCACGCUGUCCAGAGGUUGCGCGUGUCUCUGGGAGCCACCCGGAAACACCUGCCCGAGAGCUACAACCCCAGAGAGCUGGUCCAGAACUCUUCUACGGAGCAGCUCCGAACUAUCAUCAGAUACCUACUGGACACACUGCUCAGCCUGCUGCACUGCUGUAAUGGUCACUCUGUGCCCUCAGUGUUGCAGAACACGUUUCACUCCCAGGCGUGUGAGGAGCUCUUUAAGCAGCUGUGCAUCAGUGGAACGCCUAAGAUCCGUCUGCAUGCUGGUCUGCUGCUGGUGCAGCUGUGUGGAGGCGAGAGGUGGUGGGGCCAGUUCCUGUCCAACGUCCUUCAGGAGCUCUACAACUCUGAGCAGUUGCUCAUCUUUCCUCAGGACAGGGUGUUUAUGUUGCUGUCCUGUAUUGGCCAAAGAUCUUUGAGUAACAGUGGGGUUCUGGAGGGUUUGUUGAACCUUCUGGACACACUGUUAUCCCCUCUGCAACCGACUAGUGCAGCACAGACCCGCAGGACAGAAGGCGUGUUGGAUAUCCCCAUGAUCAGCUGGGCGGUCAUGCUGGUCUCUCGACUUCUCGACUAUGUGGCCAGUGUGGAAGAUGAAGCCACUGCAGCUAAGAAACCUCUAGGGGCUAAAGACAGAGAAAGAUCUUUUACAGGGAACCAGUGGAGUUUCAUAAACAACAGUCUGCAGUCUCAGAACCCAAGCAGAUCUGCCAAAGGCAACAACAGCAGUUUAGAUCGUCUGUAUUCACGCAAGAUCCGCAAACAGCUAGUCCACCAUAAACAGCAGUUGAAUUUAUUGAAAGCCAAACAGAAGGCUUUAGUAGAGCAAAUCGAGAAAGAGAAAAUUCAGAGCAACAAAGGCUCCUCCUACAAGCUGCUGGUGGAACAGGCCAAACUCAAACAAGCCACGUCCAAGCACUUCAAAGAUCUGAUCCGUUUGAGGCGGACAGCCGAAUGGCCACGCUCCACCUUGGACUCAGAGGCAUCUGUGGCAAAAGAGACCCCUGAGGUGGAGCUCCUGCCCUUCACGCUGUCUCAUGAGCGCUGCAUCUGCGUCGUCCAGAAGCUCGCUCUCUUCCUCCUCUCCAUGGACUUUACCUGUCACGCAGACCUGCUGCUGUUCGUCUGCAAGGUAUUGGCCAGAAUAGCAAAUGCAACACGACCCACAAUCCACCUGUGUGAGGUGGUUUCAGAACAGCAGCUGGAGAGGUUACUGCUGUUACUGGUGGGAACGGACUUUAACCGCGGGGACAUCUCAUGGGGUGGAGCCUGGGCCCAGUACUCGCUCACCUGCAUGCUGCAGGACAUCCUUGCAGGAGAGCUGUUGUCUCCAGUGUGUGUGGAUGGGAUGGAGGGGGCGGGGGCUGAUGAGGCCGGUGCCGCCUCUUCCUCUGUAGUGGUCGAUUCCGAUGACUCUCUCCCCCAGCCGACCCCCAUCCCACUGGUGGAGACCAUCGAUGAGCCUCUGGGACCUGAUAUCAUCGCAGGUGCUCCUCCACUGUCAUCUUUGGAAAAAGAUAAAGACAUUGACUUUGACUUGCUACAAGACUUGAUGGAUGUUGAUAUUGAUCCUUUAGAUAUUGAUUUGGAAAAAGAUCCACUCGCCGCCAAGGUUUUUAAGCCGAUCAGCAGUACCUGGUACGAUUACUGGGGUGCUGACUACGGCUCUUACAGUUAUAACCCCUACACAGGGGGUAUGGGCAUACCCGUGUCCAAACCCCCUGCGGCUGCCACAACAGAGAAGCCGGGAUCUCAGAACCUCUCAGUGUCUGUGUCUCAGGCACUGGAUGCUCGACUGGAGGUGGGAUUAGAACAGCAGGCAGAACUCAUGCUGAAGAUGAUGGCAACACUGGAGGCAGAUGCAAUAUUGCAGGCGCUAACAUCCACAUCUCCAUCUGUGGCCCAGUCUGCAAAUGGGACAGACGACACUCUUUUGCGUGGGGGGUUCCACAGCUCUCCCCCCAGCAGCAGUCUGAUGGUACAACCCUCUUCCAUUCCCAUGUUGAGCACCUGCUUCAACAAACUUUUCUCUUUAUUGCAAGUGCAUCAUGUUCAGUUGGAGUCUUUGCUGCAGCUGUGGUUGACUCUGAGUUUGAGUUCCUGCUCUGGAGGUUCAGAGGAGAGCGGCUCAGACAUCUUCCUCUUUAACGCCAGCAGAGUGCCCACAAUCCCCCUUAACCAAGCCUCCAUCAGCAGUUUCCUGUCAGUGCUGGCCUGGUACUCCAACACUUCUCUGAGAACAUGGUGUCUUGUCCUGCACAGUCUCACCCUCAUGACCAAUAUGCCUGCUAGUGCCUCCAGCAGUGGGAUGGGUGUGCAGGAGAGCACAGCCCAGCAGAUGGUGUCUGACCCCACACUUGUGCACGUGUUUGUGCGCUUCCUGUCUGGAGGAAACCCUCACGGCACCAGCCAGCACAGCUCACAGGUCGGCCCCACUGCAACACAAGCCUUGCAGGAAUUUUUAACCAGGUUGCAGGUGCACCUGUCCUCCACAUGUCCACAGAUGUUCAGCGAAUUUCUGCUUAAACUGUUGCACAUCCUGUCUACGGAGAGGGGUCCAUUCCAGUCUGGUCAGGGUCCAUUAGAUGCACAGGUGAAGCUUUUGGAGUUCACCCUGGAGCAGAACUUUGAGGUGGUUUCUGUGACCACCAUCUUGGCUGUCAUCGAAUCAAUCACUUUUCUGGUUCACCACUACAUCACUUGUUCAGAUAAGGUGAUCUCACGCAGCGGUUCUGACAGUUCUGUGGGCGCUCGUGCCUGUUUCGGGGGCCUGUUCGCCAAUAUCAUCCGCCCUGGCGAUGCUAAGGCUGUGUGUGGUGAGACCACACGAGACCAGCUGAUGUUUGACCUCCUGAAGCUGGUCAAUGCUUUGGUGAUGCUGCCGCUGUCAGGUGAUCGGGAGUUCAGUGGGAGGCUGCCUCCAGCCGGUGGAGCCACUGACAGUGUGUCGGAUGAAGAAAAAGUGUGUGGAAGCAAAGAGUGUGGGGCGGCGGGCACAGCGCAGCACCAGGGACCAGCUGCGGGUGUGGCAGACCUGGUUUUGGCCAAUCAGCAGAUUAUGAGUCAGAUCUUGUCGGCACUGGGGCAGUGCAACAGCAGCGCCAUGGCCAUGAUAAUUGGUGCUAGUGGGCUUCACCUAACCAAACAUGAGAACUUUCAUGGUGGGUUGGAUGCCAUCUCCGUGGGUGAUGGCCUCUUCACCAUCUUGACUACUUUGAGUAAAAGAGCCACAUCCGUCCAGGUCAUGCUGCAGCCCAUUCUCACCUACAUGGCCUGUGGGUAUAUGGGCCGACAGGGAUCUCUAUCAACGUGUCAGCUCUCUGAGCCUUUACUGUGGUUUAUUUUGAGAGUGCUUGACACCAGCGAGGCUUUGAAAGCCUUCCAUGACAUGGGUGGCGUGCAGCUCAUCUGUAACAACAUGGUCACCAGCACACGAGCCAUCGUGAACACUGCGCGCAGCAUGGUGUCCACUAUCAUGAAGUUUCUAGACUCUGGGCCUGGUAAAGCAGCAGAUGGCAGCUUGAAAGCACGAGUGCUUACCUCAGAACCAGACAAUGCAGAAGGAUUGCACAACUUCGCCCCUCUUGGCACCAUCACCUCUAGCAGUCCCACAGCACAGCCGGCAGAAGUGCUGCUGCAGGCCACACCCCCACAUCGACGGGCCCGUUCUGCCGCUUGGUCCUACAUAUUCCUUCCUGAAGAGGCCUGGUGCGAUCUCACAAUCCACCUGCCUGCUGCCGUUCUGCUCAAGGAGAUUCACAUACAGCCUCACCUGGCAUCCCUUGCUACAUGUCCAUCCUCAGUGUCUGUGGAGAUCAGUGCAGAUGGUGUAAACAUGCUUCCCCUGUCAACCCCAGUCAUCACUAGUGGUCUCACGUUCAUUAAGUUCCAGCUGGUAAAGGCAGAGGUGGCGUCUGCUGUGUGUUUGAGGUUGCACCGGCCGCGGGACGCCAGCACACUGGGCCUCUCGCAGAUUAAGCUAUUGGGCCUGACUGCUUUUGGAAACACUUCCUCUGCCACUGUAAACAAUCCUUUCCUGCCCUCUGAGGACCAGGUCUCUAAAACCAGCAUUGGCUGGUUACGGUUGCUGCAUCAUUGCUUGACUCAUGUUUCUGAUCUGGAGGCCAUGAUGGCCAGUGCUGCUGCUCCCACUGCAAACCUCCUGCAGACCUGCGCCGCCCUCCUCAUGUCCCCAUACUGCGGGAUGCACUCGCCCAACAUUGAGGCGGUGCUGGUGAAAAUCGGCCUUCAGUCCACACGCAUAGGCCUCAAACUCAUUGACAUCUUGCUGCGUAACUGUGCUGCUUCUGGCACUGAUUUGGCCAAUCUAAACAGUCCGCUGCUCUUUGGGAGGUUAAAUGGCCUGUCAUCAGACUCAACUAUAGAUAUUCUCUACCAGCUAGGCACCACUCAGGACCCCGGUACCAAAGACAGGAUCCAGGCUCUGCUACAGUGGGUGUACGACUCGUCCCGGGUUGCUGCCCUGAAGCAGAGUUCUCCGUUGAGCUAUGUGGGUCCAAGCGCUCCGCCCUCACGGGAAUAUGGGUUGCUCAUGCCGUCCCCAUCACAUCUGCACUGCGUGGCCUCCGUCUUAUGGCACAGUUAUGAGCUGCCUGUGGACUACGACUUGCCCGGUCUGCUCAACAGAGAGCUUUUCGAGUUGUUGUACAACUGGUCGAUGUCUUUGCCCUCUAACAUCGUUUUAAAGAAGGCUGUGGACAGCUUGCUUUGUUCCAUGUGCCAUAUCCACCCUAGUUACUUUUCUCUGCUCAUGUCCUGGAUGGGUAUCGUGGCUCCCCCUGCUGUCCAGACAAAUGCACAGUGCCGUAUGGCCAUGACGGACGAUGGCAAGAAGCAGCAUGAUUUAAACAGUGCCGCCUCCCUCACAGAUGACUCCAAACAUGCUCGGACACCAGUAACUGUGCCCAUCUCGCUGUCAGAAAGCCAGUUGGUGACCCUGGCAGCUGCGUCCCAGUCUCCCGGUGCCAUUCAGCAGCUGUUGGACUCUGGUCUGCCUUCUUUGCUUGUUCGCAGCUUAGCCGACCUUUGCUGCAACCUGUUGGUCAGUGCAGACCUUCCCUUGCCUGCUGGAUUCUCCGCACAGGCAGAGAGACGCUCAUACUCAUACAACCAACCCACGUCAUCCUCAGCAAACAGGCCGCCACUGUCUCCUGAGCUGGCAGCGCCCGUAUUGCGGUUUCUAACAGAAGUAGGAAACAGUCACACCAUGAAAGACUGGUUGGGUGGGCCAGAAGUGAACCCACUCUGGACGGCACUGUUGUUUCUCCUGUGCCACUCUAGUGCCAGUGGGGCUGCUAAUGCCAGUGCAAACCGUGGCAGCAGCAGCAGUAUUUCUGGGCACAGUGCAUCACCCAGCACCUCACACGCCAGCGCCGCACCUCACACCUCAGGUGCGUCUUACUGACUGGCGUCAACGAGCCGCAACAUGAUUGAUACAAGUGAUAUGUAUUUUUCUUUGUUUGUAAAGGUUCUGUGUGAGCUGUUCCAGUCAGCUCCUCAGCGUGGGAACGUUCCAGUCUCAGGGAACAUUUCUGGAUUUAUACGUCGGCUCUUCCUACAACUCAUGCUCGAAGACGAGAAAGUUACUGUCUUCCUUCAGUCUCCCUGUCCGCUGUAUAAAGGGCGCAUUAAUGCCACCAGUCACGUGAUCCAGCACCCCAUGUACGGAGCAGGGCACAAGUUUCGCAAACUGCAUCUGCCCAUCUCAACCACACUGUCUGAAGUAUUGGACCGCGUCUCAGACACGCCCAGCAUCACGGCCAAACUGAUCAAUGAACAGAAAGAGGAUAAAGAAAAGAAAAACCAUGAGGAAAAAGAAAAGAUGAAGGCCGAUAAUGGUUUUCAAGACAACUACAGUGUUGUUGUUGCCUCAGGUCUGAAGUCUCAGUCGAAGAGGGCCUUGUCCACUCCUCCCCGUCCCCCGUCCCGACGAGGGCGAGUCCUCAGUGACAAGCUGGCAGCUUCCUCAGGAGUUGAUCCGUCUGCCAAAACCAUCAGCGUGCCUGUCUUCCACCUCUGUCACAAACUACUGCCGGGUCAGCCAUUGCCGCCGGAGAUGACCUUAGCUCAGCUGCUGACACUGCUGUAUGAGCGUAAACUUCCUCAGGGAUACCGCUCCAUUGACCUGACGGUCAAACUGGGGUCAAAGGUCAUCUCAGACCCCGGCCUGUCCAAGACCGAUUCCUUCAAAAGACUCCGUACCGAGAAAGAUCACUGUGAGAUGCUAAGCGGCUGUCCGGAUGAUGAACCAAUGACCCCUGGUGACGAAGGUUUGGAUGCUGCAGUAGAUGACACCCUCCUAGAGACCAGCCCUAUCCAGUCCCCCUUGCAGGUUUUCGCAGGUAUGGGCGGCUUGGCGCUCAUUGCAGAGAGACUUCCCAUGCUGUACCCCGACGUUAUCCAGCAGGUCAGUGCCCCAGUGGUGCCAUCCACUACACAGGAGAAGCCAAAGGACAGCGAUCAGUUUGAAUGGGUCACCAUCGAGCAGUCUGGAGAGCUUGUUUACGAGGCACCCGAGACCAUCGCGGCUGAGCCUCCGCCCAUCAAAUCCUCCGUUCAGACCAUGUCGCCCAUCCCUGCCCAUUCUCUGGCGGCAUUCGGCCUGUUUCUGCGGCUGCCGGGAUAUGCUGAGGUUCUGCUAAAGGAGAGGAAACAUGCGCAAUGUCUGCUCAGACUGGUGCUGGGGGUCACAGAUGAUGGAGAAGGAAGUCACAUCCUGCAGUCUCCCUCUGCUAACGUUCUGCCCACGUUGCCCUUCCACGUGCUCCGGUCUUUGUUCAGCUCAACUCCCCUUACCACAGAUGACGGGCUGCUGUUGAGGCGUAUGGCUCUUGAGAUUGGUGCAAUCCACCUCAUCCUGGCCUGCCUAUCUGCCCUCAGCCAUCACGCUCCCAGAGUGCCCAGCGGCAGUGCCAACUCCAGUGAGCCCCAGGUCUCCAGUGGACAUGUCGGUGGAACCACAGAGGAACAGCAGCUGUACUGGGCCAAAGGAACAGGCUUUGGCACAGGCUCCACUGCGUCAGGCUGGGAUGUUGAGCAGGCUUUGACCAAACAGCGUCUGGAGGAGGAGCACGUUACCUGCCUCUUACAGGUUUUGGCAAGCUAUAUCAACCCAUCAGGCUGCGUGGGAUCUGGUGAGACCCUCUCAGGAGAGGUCAGAGGUCACAGCAGCUCACUGCUGCCAUCUGUCCUGCAGGAACUGCUCAGCCAGUCCUGUCUCAUCCCCGCCAUGUCUUCAUACUUGCGCAAUGACUCAGUUUUGGACAUGGCGCGUCACGUCCCCCUGUAUCGUGCUCUGUUAGAGCUGCUGAGGGCCAUCUCCACCUGCACCAGCCUGGUUCCUCUGCUCUUGCCGCUAUCAGGAGACGCUGCAGAGGAAGAGGAGGAUGAAGAACGCACCGAGUGUCAGACCUCCGUCGGCAUGUUACUGGCCAAAAUGAAGACCUGUGUGGACACCUACACCAACCGCCUCAGGUUUUUUUUUUUUUUAUGUGUCUGUCUUCUGCUUUUUUUAGAGAGGAAGAUGGCUGAAAGUUCUAAGAAGGCAACAGCAAGGCCCAAACCGCUGUCCAUCUUGCGCUCAGUGGAGGAGAAAUAUACAGCAGCCAUGAAAAAACUACAGUUUGACACGUUUGAGAUGGUGUGUGAGGAUGAGGACUCUAAGCUGGUGUUUAAGGUGAACUACCAUUAUCUGUCUCAGGUGAAGAAUGCCAGUGACGCCAACAGUGCCGCUCGUGCUCGACGAUUAGCACAGGAGGCCGUCACACUCUCCACCUCCCUCCCUCUCUCCUCAUCCUCCAGCGUGUUUGUCCGCUGUGAUGAAGAACGUCUCGAUAUCAUGAAGGUGUUGAUAACAGGGCCCGCAGACACACCGUAUGCUAAUGGCUGUUUCGAAUUUGACGUCUACUUUCCUCAAGAUUACCCAAACUCCCCUCCUCUGGUUAAUCUGGAGACCACCGGUGGCCACAGCGUCCGUUUCAAUCCAAACCUCUACAAUGAUGGCAAGGUGUGUUUAAGUAUCCUGAACACCUGGCAUGGGCGUCCUGAGGAGAAAUGGAACCCUCAUACUUCUAGCUUUCUACAGGUGCUGGUGUCAAUCCAGUCUCUGAUCCUGGUGGCCGAGCCAUACUUCAACGAACCAGGUUACGAGCGUUCUCGGGGCACGCCGAGUGGAACGCAGAGCUCCAGAGAGUACGACGGAAACAUCCGGCAGGCCACUGUCAAGUGGGCCAUGCUAGAACAGAUCCGCAACCCUUCACCCUGCUUUAAAGAGGUGAUCCAUCGGCACUUCUAUCUGAAGCGAGCGGAGAUCAUGUCCCAGUGCGAGGGCUGGAUCUGUGAUAUUCAGCAGUACAGCAGCGAUAAGAGAGUCGGCCGAACCAUGUCUCAUCACGCAGCUGCACUAAAGAGGCACACGGCUCAGCUCAGAGAAGAGUUGCUGAAGCUUCCCUGUCCUGAAGGCCUGGAGCCGGACGGGGAGGAGUUUUCCGAGAAAAGCACCUCGCUCAUGGUGAAAGAGCUGCCCAGUCAGGAUGCGGAGAAGCAGGCGGACAGCCCAGACGCCCACUGUAGCGACGGCCAGCUAUGAUCCCCUCUCCCCCGAAGCCCCGCCCACCGCCUUUGACUAUCCAUUGAUAUUGAAAAAAGACUGGAUGGCUUUGGUGAUUAAGCCAUCUUUUUGUCAAUAUUUGUAUGUAAGAAUCUAAUUAUGUAAUAGCAUAAAAAGAGAGGACAGUCAAAACCCGCUUACACCCACCGACACACAAGACGAACCGCUGAACUCUAUGCUGUGCCCUGAAGAAAACAAAUCUUUUUAUUUACUUGUAAAAGAGUAUAACAUUUUUUUUGUGCUUUUUUUUUCUUUAUUUUCCCAAAUUGUUAAAUAACCACUGAUUGAUAUGUUAUUAAACUUGUUUAUGUAAAACGAAAUGAAAGAUGAAAUCACAGUAUAUAUAAGGGAACUGCCUUUAGUGGAGAAUGUUUACCAAAUGUUAAUUUCUCUCUUUUUUUGUUAAUUUUUUCUUUUAUUUUGGACUCUUAGUGCAAGGGCAGUUUGUAAGUGAGAAUAUACUGGUCAUUCUUUAAGCGAACUAUUUAAAAGAAGAACGUAACGAACAUGCGCCCAUACACACUCUUGAGUUGCCCCGAUCCUCUGGUGACCCUCUGACAGUGCUUUUGGUUUCUACUGAUUUGUGUACACUUCAAUAAUAAAGCCUGAAACGGACGUUCAGAAGUGCUGUGAUGACUGGAUGCUCUUGUUCAGGCUGAUCAAUAGCACGUUUUAUUUUUGCCCUCUCUCUGCUUUUAAGUGCAAGUUUAAUAAAUGCAACCUGUUUUACUUUG